UUGCCGUUGCACUAUUCGUGGGAAGCGCGGUGAGAGGCAGGAGUUGGACUUGACUGGAGACGCUUCUUGGAUAUUUUUUAGUUUCAAGUGAGAAGCCAGUUGUGCGUAGAUGUUGCAUAUUGAUCUCACUAGGUGGGUACGUUUAUAAUGGCUUCCACGGCCACCGAAGCCUCAGCGGGGGAUGACGUGGAGGAGACGAGGCUCCUGAUGUGCGAGGAGUUUGCGUCCAUCACCGGAUCAGACACCGCAGCGGCUCAAUGCUACUUGGCAGAGAAUGACUGGGAGAUGGAGAGGGCUUUGAACUCGUUCUUCGAGGCAGACAUGGAAUCAGCAUUUGACGUUCAGUUCGUAGAAGAGACGAGAAAGGAGAACGACAAAACAGAAGUUAAAAGAAAGACUUCAGCGGAUCCAGAUGAGACGAAGAGCUUAGGAGCCAGCAACAAGCGGUUAAAAAGAGCCGAGUCUGCCUGCAUAGACCUGACCAGUGAGGAGCCCGGUAGCUCCCGUAGCACCGUGUCGGUGGAGAGCAAGGCCCACGCACAGCCAGCAGAGGAGCAGGAGGCCAACGGAAAACUGUCUCUGCUCACGUGGAACGUGGACGGCCUGGACACGCUGAGCCUAGGCGAACGCGCUCGCGGCCUCUGCUCCUACCUGGCUCUAUACACCCCAGACGUGGUGUUUCUGCAGGAGCUGGUUCCGCCAUACAUCCAGUACAUCAGGAAAAGAGCCGUCAGCUACACCAUCAUUGAGGGAGGGGAAGAUGGCUACUUCACCGGCGUGAUGCUGAAGAAGUCCAGAGUAAAGUUCCUGAAGAGUGAGAUCGUCUCUUACCCCAUGACUCAGAUGAUGAGGAACCUGUUAGUGGCUCAGGUCAGCUUCCAGGGCCUGGAGUUCUGUCUGAUGACCUCACACUUUGAGAGCUGCAAGAACCAAUCAGAGGAGCGCAUGAACCAGCUGAGGGUGACGUUAAAGAAGAUGAUGGAGGUGCCCGAGAAGACCACCGUCAUCUUUGGGGGCGACACCAACCUCAGGGACACUGAGGUGGUGAAGGUGGGCGGUCUGCCGGUGGGAGUGUGUGACGUGUGGGAGAGUCUGGGGAAAGAGGAACACUGCCGGUACACCUGGGACACCAAGGCCAACAGCAACAAGAGUCUGCCCUACGUCAGCAGGUGCCGCUUCGACCGCGUGUUCCUGAGGCCCGCCCGGCAGGGGCCCAAGAUGGCCGCCGAUCACAUGAUCCUGGUGGGGCAGGAGAAGCUGGACUGUGGGCGAUACACCAGCGACCACUGGGGCAUUUACUGCAGUUUCAGCACCUGAGCACCGUGGGAUAGAGAGUGUGUGUGUGUGUGUGUGUGUGUGUGUGUGAUACACCAGCGACCACUGGGGCAUCUACUGCAGCUUCAGCACCUGAGCACCCUGGGAUAGAGUGUGUGUGUGUGUGUGUGUGUGUGUGUGUGUGUGUGUGUGUGUGUGUGUGUGUGUGUGUGUGUGUGUGUGAUGCGCCAGCGACCACUGGGGCAUUUACUGCAGCUUCAGCACCUGAGCACCCUGGGAUAGAGAGAGUGUGUGUGUGUGUGUGUGUGUGUUACGCCAGCGACCACUGGGGCAUUUACUGCAGUUUCAGCACCUAAGCACCCUGGGAUAGAGGCACUUCUCGAGUGUGUGUGUGUGUGUAUGGUGUUUUAAUGAGAGGCACUGUGUGUGUGUGUGUGUGUGUGUAGAACAUCAGCUUCACACUAAGUGGUUUUGAGUUGCUGGAAGUCCGAUCUGCACGCAUCAAGAAGGAAGCGCCGAGGAUGUUUGAAAAUCAUCAAGACCAGUGUGGUCAGAUCAGCAGAUACAUUUUAUGACCAGAAUUUCAGUUGAAUAAAUCAACCAACCCAAGAGCAGAUGAACCCCAGUCAGCUCUGAAAGUGAGUGUGUGUGUGUGUGUGUGUGUGUGUGUGUGUGUGUGUGUGUGUGUGUGUGUGUGUGUGUGUGUGUGUGUGUGACCCCAGUGAGCUCUGAAAGGAAGACUACCAGAUGAACCCCAGUGAGGUGUGUGUGUGUGUGUGUGUGAGACUACCUCUACUGCGCUAUGGCUGCAGGGUCAGACGCUAGCAUCGGUCGCUAGCAUCAGGCGCUAGCGUCGAUCACUGCGCCGGCUUCACAUAAAGGACCCUCAGCACAGUCCUAGUGACAUUUAAAGCCUUACCAGUGGAGUGCGUUUGGAGAGAUUACUGAAUGCUUGUGUUAGGUAUUGAAAUGUUCUUUUAAUCUGUUAGGUAUUGACAUUUUCUUUUAAGCUGUUUUAAAUAAAAUGACUGUUCAAGCUUU